AUAGAAUUAGUAGAUCACUCAGGUAGAUUCCCACAAUCUUUUUACUCAGAUUUUUCAUUCUUAAUUCUUUCUAAUUUCUUCAUAGAUACUUUUUAUUUUGAGAUAAGUAUUCAGUAUUUUCGAACUACUAUUAAAGUUGGAGUCCUCUUAUCUCUGAACUCAAUUUUAGUGUAUUUGUAUCACUUUUUUAUGCUGAUGUGGUACCUUGCGUGAAGUUAAACACUCGAGGCGCGUGAAGGAUUGCCAUGUGCCACGUCAGCUACAAAGGUUGACAAAAAUACGCUAAAAUUUAGUUCACUACGGUUAAAGUUGAAGUCCUAUUACCCCUAAACUCAAUUUUAGCGUAUUUGUAUCACUUUUUUAUGCUGAUGUGACACCUUGCGUGAAGUUAAACACCUGAGGCGCGUGAAGGAUUGCCAUGUGCCACGUCAAAAAUACACUAAAAUUUAGUUCAACGGUAAUAGGACGAUAGACUGAUCUCCAACUAGAUUUCCGGAAUGCACUCCGUCACAGGGAAGCGCAGGUUGGGUCAUUUUUUAUUAUUUUUUUAGGAAGGAAAAAGCUCAAGGUGGUCAUUCAAGAAGAGGUCGUUCAAAUCAUAGAUUCGCCUCUGUAACAAAUUACCAAAAACGAGGAAAGUGAAAAAUGGAGUAUGAGAUUUUAGGUUUGGUCAUACUUUUACUUGCAUGGGUUGCAUGGGCUAUGGUGACCGAGCGACGACAACGACGGCUCGAAGAAAAGGGGCAGUUGAUGCCACCAGGACCAAGGUGGUGGCAACUAGUGACCAGCAUUUUUCAAUCAGGUUUUGCACCUCAUGUAUCAUUUGCAAAAUUGGCUAACAAAUAUGGUCCUAUAAUGACACUAUGGUUAGGUUCAAUGAGCACUGUGGUUAUUUCAUCCAAUGAUGUGGCACGUGAAAUGUUCAAGAAUCAUGACAUAGUGCUUGCAGGUAGAAAGAUCUACGAAGCUAUGAAAGGUGAUAUAGGAAACGAGGGUUCACUCAUCACUAGUCAGUACGGUCCACACUGGCGUAUGUUGCGAAGGUUAUGCACCAUAGAGUUCUUCGUUACAAGUCGACUCGAUUCCAUGAAAGAUGUACGUACAAAAUGCAUUGAUCAAAUGGUUAAAUUCAUGGAAGAUGAAGGGAAAUCAGGCAAAAAUUCCAUUGAUGUUGGCAAGUUUUUCUUCAUAAUGUCAUUUAACCUAAUUGGAAAUCUUAUGAUAUCCAAAGAUUUAGUUGAUCCAAAAUCAGAUAGGGGUGCAAAGUUCUUUUACCAUGCAGGGAAAGUCAUGGAGUUUGCUGGGAAACCUAACCUUGCGGAUUUCUUUCCUAUACUGAGAUACCUUGAUCCACAAGGCAUUAGGAGGAAAACGCGAUAUCAUAUUAAAAAAUCAUUUGAUAUCGCGGGUUUGUACCUUAGAGAAAGAAUGGAAGAUACGCGAAAUGGUGAAGAGAGGAAGAAGGAUUACUUAGAUGUUCUUCUUCAAUAUCGUGGUGAUGGUGUUGAAGGUCCUUCAAGAUUUUCAAUUCAAACCAUGAAUGUCAUUCUUUUUGAGAUGUUCACAGCCGGGACAGAUACAACUACAAGCACAUUAGAAUGGGCGAUGGCAGAGCUCCUCCAUAACCCUAACACUCUCCGGGAAGUUCAAGCCGAGCUAAGAAGAGUGAUCAACCCCUCGAGUAAGCUAGAAGAAGACGACAUAGACAAGCUCCCAUACUUAAACGCGGUGAUCAAAGAAACCCUAAGGUUACACCCUCCACUUCCAUUCUUAGUCCCACAUAUGGCUAUGGACUCUUGCACCAUGUUAGGGUUCCACAUUCCGAAAGAAACUCAGGUUCUGGUUAAUGUAUGGGCGAUUGGUAGGGACCCCAAGACUUGGAAAGAUCCUCUAGCAUUUAAGCCAGAGAGAUUCUUGGAACCUAAUAUGGUUGAUUAUAAAGGUCAUCAUUUCGAGUUCAUACCUUUUGGUUCUGGUCGAAGAAUGUGUCCUGCAAUACCCCUUGCUUCACGCGUGUUGCCACUGGCCUUAGGGUCAGUUCUACACAAGUUUGAUUGGGUUUUAGCCGCGGGGGUGAAGCCGGUUGAUUUGGACAUGAGUGAAAGACUAGGGAUUACUUUGAAGAAAGCAACUCCAUUGAAGACUAUACCAAUUGUAUAUAAAGGGUAUCAAGGACAAUAAUAACCAAAAAGAAAGCACUUUCAUAUGUAUAUUCAUAAGGCCAAUGCUAAGAUAUACUAGAUUGUGUAAAAGACAAAGAGAAAGAGCAAAAUAGUUGUCCAUUAAAUUGUAAUGUAUGUAUCCCUUUGAGCACAAUGCAAUGUAGUGUUUUUUAAUUUUAUUUUGUUAACAAUGCAUACAAAAUGUGCUUAUUCAUAGAAAAA